ACUACUAAUCUCGAAAUCAAAUCGAGCAUCCAUUGUUGUUUCAGAAUUCACAGAGAGAAAGAGAACAGAGAAAAAAAAAAGGCAUGGAGAGUGAGAGGGAAAAGCAGGUUUACUUGGCCAAGCUCUCUGAGCAAACCGAAAGAUACGAUGAAAUGGUUGAGGCGAUGAAGAAAGUUGCUCAGCUUGAUGUGGAGCUCACGGUAGAGGAGAGGAAUCUAGUAUCUGUUGGGUACAAGAAUGUGAUUGGCGCAAGGAGAGCAUCGUGGAGAAUACUAUCCUCCAUUGAGCAAAAGGAAGAGUCCAAGGGAAAUGAGGAAAAUGUCAAGAGGCUUAAGAGUUACCGGAAGAGGGUUGAAGAUGAGCUUGCCAAAGUUUGUAAUGACAUCUUGUCCGUCAUCGAUAAGCACCUCAUUCCAUCGUCUAAAGCUGUGGAGUCGACUGUCUUUUUCUACAAAAUGAAAGGUGAUUAUUACCGCUAUCUGGCAGAGUUCAGUUCUGGUACUGAACGCAAGGAAGCUGCAGAUCACUCUCUUGAGGCAUACAAGGCUGCUGUUGCUGCUGCAGAGACGGGUUUGGCACCAACACAUCCAGUUAGACUUGGCUUAGCAUUGAACUUUUCGGUUUUCUACUAUGAGAUCUUAAACUCUCCUGAAAGUGCAUGCCAAUUGGCUAAGCAAGCAUUCGAUGAUGCGAUUGCUGAACUUGACAGCCUCAACGAGGAAUCAUACAAAGACAGCACUCUUAUUAUGCAGCUACUUAGAGACAAUCUCACCUUGUGGACUUCAGACCUCCCAGAGGAUGGAGAAGAGCGAUCCAAAGGUGAUGAGCCUCAAGAAGAGAACUAAAUCCUGAAUCCUCUGUGACAAGAGAAACGACUGUUGAUGCAUCCUGAGAAGACAGCAAGCGUCGUUGCUCGAAACACUGGAAAAUGUGUAAUUUUUAUUCUAUGUCUUUCUUGAUCACGUUUUCGAAUCUUGGCUUUUUACUAAACAACACUUCGUAGUCGUACCUUCAAAAACUCUCUUAUGAUGGUUGGAUUGUGUAAUUUGCUUCUUCGUUGUUGAGUUGAGACACCGCAUUUUGGGUUUUGAUCACUUUUGACGAAUUAAGAACCUUGAGAGGUAAAAUGAAAUGGUUUCAGGUGAAUAAAUAGUUUGUUUAUGUUG